UGUCAAGAAAAGCCUUUCUCCUAGCCAUUAAUGACCUGUCAUUAGCUUUCAUUGAUUUUUUUGUGUGUCAUUCAAAUGGGCUGCUGUUGGUUAGAGUGUCUGCAGAGGUGUUGUGUGCUAGUGAGUGAGUGUGGUGCUGUUUUUUCGUUGCUGCUGUUGCAAAAAAAUUGUUGAAAUUGUGACCUAAAUCCCCACAUACAUAUGUAAAAUUCCUACUCCUUCAACGUUGUACACAAUACACAAAUGGUUGGAAAAUAUUUCAACACAAAACUAAAAUAGUCAUAAAAACAAAUCCAACAACGAAAACAACAACAACAAAGUUACCAACAUUCAUAAAAAAAGUUGCAAAAAGUGGAAUAACAAAAAGGAAAGGCAAGUGCUAAGCAUGAAUUAUAGAGAGAAGUAAGGAAGGGAGAAAAAAAAUAUAAAAUAAAAACUAGUGCAGACACAACACAAUUGAGGUACAUAUAAAAGUGUACAUAAAAGUAUUGUUGUUGGUGCUAUUGUCUUCUUUCCUCCUUACCUACAAUGAAAACAGGCUUCAAUUUCACAUAAAAAAAGUUAUAGCCUAGAAAUACCAACGAAAGUGAAAGUGAAACACUUUGACGGCGACAACGACGACGAUAACAAACAAAGGCAAGCAACCAACAUUUACCCCCCCACAAUUGCCACCCAGCCAGCUAAAGCAGCAGUGGAGAAAAAGGAUUAUUUGGUGUCAUUAGAGGUACAAGAUUACAACAGAGAUGUGCUGUUAGUUUUUAACAUCACCAAAGCCAUAGCCAUCGUUGCCAUCGUCGCCAUCGUCAUCAUCAACAUCAUUAUCCCUCGCUGUUCUCGCAAGACCCCUACUAGCAAGCAACACCAGAAAUGGGAUUUUAAACACAAUGCUUGGCAGCUCCUAAUUACCACUUUUCUUUUGCCUGGCCGCCGUAUGGAGCUACACCCGCAAUAGCAAAUUGAGACCAAUAGCAAGUGAAAGAUGAAAAGGACGUCUGGCAAAUAUGGUCAGCUGUCAAAAACAUCAACGGCAACACAGUUACAGCAUGGAACAUCAAUGUUAUUAUUCAUCACCCUAAAUUGGGGUUCUUUGUGUCCCUUAUUGCGGUGUGGUAAACUCGUUGCUUUUUAAAGUGUCCCUAUUUGUUGAACACUUUAGACUUGUCUCUGUUUGAACUCCUUUUGAACACCAAAGGACUUUGGCAACAUUGUUGCCAACAACCCAACAUCAAAGCAGACAAAACAAAAUCUUUGGCAACAUGGGCAGUCUACCUAAUCUACAUGAGCUGGAGCAACUUGAGCGCAAACGCGAAAAACGGCGUGAGCGUGAAAUGCGAGAACAAUUGGCACGUGAGGCCAGUCGUGAAAGAGAACGAAUGCAGCAUAGAAAGCACUCGUCAUACAAUCCAUAUCUAAUGGCCGGAUUAGGUAUGGGUGGCGGCAUGGCCCCCUAUAAUACAGCAACAGCAACUGGUGGCACAGUGGCUGGAGCUGCCACGGCAACCUCGGGUGGGGGCUUGCCGGUGGGUGGUGCAACUUUGCUUAACUACGGUCUAAUGGGAGGUGUGGGUGGUGGUGCUGCUGCUGCAGCAGCAUUGGGCCAUAAACACCAUGGACACCAACAUCCACAUCAUUAUCGUCAUUCAUUGACAAACAGGCAUCGGGUGCUGCGUACACGUAGUUCGGGUGCAACGCACAACAUUUGGGAUGAUCAAGUACUGGAGCACCUUCCAGCCUAUUCACCCAUAUCGACUAGAUCGCAUCGCAUCAAUCCCGUUUCGUCAUAUCAUGUGCAGGCUGCUCUGGCUGCAUCCCGCCGUAGAGAAUCUAUCAACAGCUCCAUAGGGGCCACUUCUAUACGGCGCCUUAUCUCACUUAACAAUCGCAAUUGUCGCUAUAAAGUACCAGCCCACAUAAGACAAAAAGUGGGCAAAUGUUUCACCCUAUUGGCUGUGGCCCAUGGUCUAUUGUGUGCCGUGCUGGUGCCCCUGUUUGGCCUACAAGGCUCCAAUUCGGUGUGGCAUCAUCGAGAACAAUGGCUGCAGGUGGGACCCAAUAUAGGCUCGCUACUGUUGAGUCUCUGUUUCUUCAUAUCGUCGGGCAUGUGCUUGGUAACGCCCAAACUAAUAAGGAAAUUUGGCUAUACCAUUUUGAUGGGAGUCAAUUCCGUGGCUGUGUGUUUAUUUCUGCUGUGCCAUCUCUAUCCCUCGAUCUACACCCUACUGCCGGCUUACAUCUUAUUGGGUGUGACCCAUAGUCCCUCGUGGAUUAGCAAAAUAGCUGUGGUAGUGCAUUUUGGCAGCAAACUGAGUUGUUCCCAGCACGAAUGCACUCUAAUGUCAACGCAUGCCUUGGACUCGUGGGAGGAGCAUAAGCUCUCCUGCAAUCGUGAUCAGAAAGUUAGAAGGUUGGCCCGCUGGUUUCAGGCCUCCAAGGAUUUUGGCAUCAUAGUGGGAGCCAUUAUAGCCUCCAUGGUGCUGUCGUGUACCUCAAGAGAUUGGAAUUGUUUGGGCAAGGCGCCGUUGACUACAGCGGACCCAACAACAACUAGCAGCACUACAACUACUACUUCGACCACAGAGAGUGCCACUGUGGCACCCACAACCAACACUAGUGGUCCUCAAGCAGAAGCGGUACAAUUCUAUGUGCCCAGUACGCCCUAUGUGUGGAACCAUAGGACGGGUUUCAUGAUGGAGUACUACAAUCUGGAUGAACAUGGCAGUCGUAUAUGUGGAGCCGAUAUGUGUCCCUUGUGGCAAUAUAAUGCCGCAAAGACCAAAGAAGAUGAUGAAAUCAAUGAGACCAUAUUUUCACCCUUCAUAAGGGAGAAGCCAAGGGCGGGAUCCACCACCCUGAUAGGGAUAUAUCUGAUAUUUGCUUUGACCUCGGUCAUACUCAUUGUAUUGGCGGGCAAGGUGCAGUCUACAUUUCGUCAUGAACGCAUCAAGGGUAUGACGGAUACAUUGCUGUUUGCGGGCCCACUGGCUUAUUUUAUAGGCACAGAGCAGGCAUAUAUUCUAAGUGAUUUUCUGACGGCUUUUGUUUCCUGCUCCCUGGGAAUAAGUAUGGUGGCUGGAGCCAUUAUAGGCAUGGGUGUCAUGCAGCUCAUUGUUUCCUGCACUCUUAGUAUGCUGUUGAGGCAUACUAAACGUUUAGUGGUCAUAUUGGCCGGUUUUUUCUUCCAUUCCUGUCUUUUAUUGGCCCUCUCCACCUGGAAGCCUUCCAGCGAUGACAGCGCUCUCUUUUAUGUUUUGGCUGCCUCCUGGGGUGCCUGCAAUGGUAUGUGGGAAACCUUGCUAUUCGCUUUGGUAACUCUAAAUCAUACAAAUCAUGUGGUCGAGGUAACUUCUCCAAUGCAGGCAUUGCGUUUCCUUGGCCUGGGCAUUACAUUUGCCGCCCAUGGUUUUAUGUGUGAGACACCCAAGAUAAUAUCCUUGGUCAUUAUCUUGGUGGUUAGUGUAUUGCCGUAUGCCAUGUUGGAGAUACGUUUGGAAUCGCAGCGUAAGUCACAGCUGAUUAGUUUAUGACGUAGCCUAUUCACAUAGUCUCGGAGGCGUAGUGUGAUGGCUCGCACACAUACCAUGUAGAGGAUAGAUUAUGGCAGGACAAGACUGGUGGACAUUUUGUAGA